AUGGCCCGUGAAAAUAGUCGGCCCAGUUUCCACACCAAAGGCGCUCCAGAUUAUGACAGUGCGGAUUUCUGGGACGCUCGGUUCGCCGCAGGGCGUGAUGUGGGCGAGUGGCUGAAUUCCGGCGACAUGCUCAUUGGGACCAUCAUGGCGGAGUUGAGCAAGGCUGGCGUCUCGAAGCUGGGGACGAAGCUCCGAGACGCUUUCGCUGAGCGGGGGCGGCGGGGAAGCGGUAUUAUUAAUGUUGACUUCUCCCGCGAAGCCGUCCGUCAGGGCAAAGUUGCUGAACAGCAAGAAGAGCCGGCCAGAGCGAUGCAUUGGCAUUGUGCAGACUUGCUCCAGUGGGACAGUGUCGCCGAAUUAUCUGCAUUUGCUCCGUUCCAGGUUGUUUUAGAUAAAAGCACCAGCGAUGCCAUUGCCACUGGGAAUGAUCGCCACUUCAACCGGAGGGAUGAUCCUGCAGGUGUCUGUCCUCUCGUCCAGGACAUGCUCUCCGAAAUUCCGACUCUCGUGCUGUCCCUGUCGAGCUGCUGGCUUUACAUCUGGCAACAUUGA